GUUUCUACUUUGUCUGUUUUUCGCUGUUUUUCUAGCACUGCAGCUUCCUCUUCACCAUGAGCGUGUCCAUGGCUAGUACUACUUCUUCAUCAUAUUCACUGCCUCUCUGCAACAAACUGCCUCAUCUUGCCUCUGAAUACUCUCUCACCACCACCACCCACUUCGCGAUCACAUCCAAAACAAAACCCAUUCAGCCCCUCAAGCUCAAGCCCCAAUUCCGCCAUGCCCCACCUUUAUCUCCCCUCUUCCGCCCCCUCCUCUUCUCGCCCUUUGCUGCUUCCGAAAACUUCAACACAGAACUUGCAGAAACAGAAUCAGAAUCAGAGACGGACCAAGAAGAAGAAGAAGAAGAAGAAGAAGAUGAUGUUGAUGAUGAUGAUGAGCAGACUCAGAAACUAUCGGCUGAAGCAGGUAGGCUCUAUGUGGGCAAUUUACCGUAUUCCAUGACUUCUUCCCAAUUGUCCGAAAUCUUUGGUGAGGCUGGCCGUGUGGUUUCCGUGGAGAUUGUUUAUGAUCGAGUCACAGACAGGAGCCGUGGUUUUGCAUUUGUGACAAUGGGUAGUGUUGAGGAAGCAAAAGAGGCGAUCAGGAUGUUUGAUGGAUCUCUGGUUGGAGGCCGAACUGUGAAGGUUAACUUCCCAGAAGUCCCAAGAGGAGGUGAAAGGGAAGUUAUGGGGCCAAAAAUACGAAGCAGCUACCAAGGCUUUAUAGACAGCCCUCAUAAAAUAUAUGCAGGAAACCUUGCCUGGAGUCUCACUUCCCAGGGGCUUAGAGAAGCUUUUGCGGACCAACCAGGUCUAUUAAGUGCCAAGGUCAUCUACGACCGGGACUCUGGAAGAUCUCGAGGUUUUGGAUUCAUUACGUUUUCAUCUGCUGAGGAAGUCGAAUCUGCUCUCAGGGCCAUGAAUGGAGUGGAGGUGGAAGGUCGACCUUUGCGAUUGAAUAUGGCCGAGGAAAGGGCUCCUUCCACACCAGCACAAGCAAGGGACCCAGAAAGCAGUUUUGACAGCACGGAGAUGGUUUCUAGCAUUGGCAACUAACAGGGGAGUGUUCUGGAGGUUUUUGACAGAUUAUAGAGUUGUGAAGAUGCAGGUUGAAUUGGUGCUCCAUAACAUUGAGCUUCCACUUCUUUCUGAUCUGCUUUGUAUCAAAUCUUUUGUUGUUCAUCCUCUGGUUCUUUUCGGUUCGUGUAGUUUGAGGAACAGAAGUUUAUUAACCAGAUGACAGUAUCAAUUGUAGCUGCUUAGCGUACCAACCAUUCUGGAUUGUGUGAGGAUUUAGUUGGAACUCCAAUUUCAACGAUA